GAGGAAAGGAAAGGAGUAAUGGUAGUAAUAGUAGUAAUCAUCUCAAGGGAGGUUGAGGCAGUGCACUAGGAUGUAUUGAAAACAUUUCCUUACUUUUUUAAUAUCAAAAACAAUCCCCUGCUUUAAAGAGUAGCAGAGACUAGUCUGCUGAAAUGGAAUCAAUUGAGACGGAAGAUAUCUCCACGGAUAGAUCGUUAGAAGGCUUAGAACAGACCUACAAGUACCCAGUCAAUUAUUCAAAAAGGGGCGUUGUGCUGUUGAAGGAGUAUGUCAACACAUCAGCGCUGUCCAAACAUGACUUGAAGCAUAACGUUGUGGGCAGUGAAAAGACUGCUUGCACAUACUGCGGAGAGUCUGUGGACACAGAUGUCAUACUCACCAUUGAGGACCUCAACACAUCCUGCCACCCCUCAUGUUUCAAGUGUGGCAUAUGCAGCAAGCCAAUGGGGGACCUGCUCGGUAACAUGUUUCUGCGUCAAGGGACAGUUCAUUGUGGGAACUGCUAUGCAAAAGUCAAUUAAAGCAAAAGGUAAAUUAGAGUUCAGAUGCAAAAGUAGAAGUGAGAUACUGUACAUUCAAACAUCUUACAUCAUCACCAGAACUAACUCCUAAAGGUAUACGCCAAGUUUUUGAGAAAUUAGCUUAGGAAGUAACACCAGUUAUCCUAUAGAUCCCUAUUAGCUAUAGGUGUGCAUCCUUUCAUCUAACUGUGGGCUGGAAGGCAAAUAAGCUAAGUCAUGUUACUUUAACAUUUUGAA